ACGGAAUCCAACUAAUUUCUCUUGUAAGAUUCGACCAGAAUGUAGAUCACACACCAGAUUCUCUGCCUGUUUUUAAACACCGCGUUCUGUUUUUUUCUUUUUCUUCCUCCUCGUAAAGGAAACUUUGGGUUGUUCCACGCGGGAAUAAAGGCGUGAAGAGUCAUUCCGCUUCGUCCCGAGUCUCCUGAGACCAGUGCCGGUGUGUGAGGAGAGGAGACAUGAAGGACAUGUCCGUGUCUCCGGAUGAAACUUGUCCCUGCCUCGGCACCGGCUCGCUUCCCUCGUGUCGACUGGAAUGAGGAGGUGUCGGUUCCCAGGCUGUAUAAAUACACCGUGCAGUCAGAGAGACGUGAUUUCUGCCGCUGUGCUGCUGCUUUCCUACAUCUGAGCAGGUGGUCAUAAAGCACCGGGCCGGUCUGGACAUCUCUCAGAACUUUUCCACCAUGGACUCAGGAAAGCCUUCGAGUUUCCAGGUGUGCUGUGUUUCCUCUCGGACUUCUCCUCGGGCAGGGGGUCGAAUCUGACUCUCGAUCAAUUCCACAAGCUCGUGUCACUCAUUCAUUCAUUCAUUCACUGAGGAUUUCUGAGCAUCUUUCAGGUCGGUGGAGCUCAGCACAUCCCGGUGGCUCUUAUGGGAAUGAAACACUCAUCUCGCUGUUUGCUCCUCCGGAGGAAAAUGGCGGAACCGGACAGCCCCGAGCAACAGCCCCUCAGCUCAGCACCAUCUCAGUCAGUGCAACCCUCUCCUUUGCCUAAACCAGUGCCGUCGGUCAACCACGGCCCACGGCCAACACACCCUUCACACAACGCACACACCCCCCAUGCAGCGUCCCUGCCCAGCUGCCCUGGCCGAGGCAAGAUGGCUAAGUUUCUCAAUCCAGAAGAGAUGACCUCCAGAGACUACUACUUUGACUCCUACGCUCACUUUGGCAUCCACGAGGAAAUGCUGAAGGACGAGGUCCGAACACUGACCUACAGGAACUCCAUGUACCACAACAAACAUGUCUUCAAAGACAAGAUCGUGCUCGAUGUAGGGAGUGGUACUGGCAUCCUGUCCAUGUUUGCUGCCAAGGCCGGUGCCAAGCAUGUGUACGGGAUUGAAUGCUCCAGUAUAUCAGAGUAUUCUGAGAAAAUCAUCAAAGCCAAUCAUCUGGACAGUGUUAUCACCAUCUUUAAAGGAAAAGUAGAGGAGACAGAGCUGCCAGUGGACCAGGUCGACAUCAUUAUUUCAGAAUGGAUGGGCUACUGCCUUUUCUACGAGUCUAUGCUCAAUACUGUCAUCUAUGCCAGAGACAAGUGGCUGAAACCUGGUGGCCUGAUGUUCCCAGACCGAGCUGCACUCUAUGUCGUGGCCAUCGAGGACAGGCAGUACAAGGACUUCAAGAUUCACUGGUGGGAGAAUGUCUACGGCUUUGACAUGACCUGCAUCAGAAAUGUAGCGAUGAAAGAACCACUGGUUGAUAUAGUGGAUCCAAAGCAAGUGGUGACCAAUGCGUGUCUCCUCAAAGAGGUGGACAUCUACACGGUGCAACCAGAAGACCUGUCCUUCACUUCAGCCAUCUGCCUGCAGAUCCAGAGGAACGAUUACAUCCACGCUCUCGUCACCUACUUCAGCAUCGAGUUCACCAAGUGUCACAAGAAGACUGGAUUCUCUACAGCACCAGAUUCUCCUUACACUCAUUGGAAGCAGACUGUUUUUUACCUCGAGGAGUAUCUGACUGUGAAGAAAGGAGAAGAGAUUGUAGGUACCAUCACCAUGAAGCCCAAUGAAAAUAACGCACGUGAUUUGGACUUCACAUUUGAGCUGGAUUUUAAGGGUCAGCUAUGUGAAGCUGACAUCUCCCACGACUAUAAGAUGCGCUAAGCAUCCAGCCGGGGGCAAGAAAGUGCCCGAGUACCACCACGGAGACCGAGGAAGGGGCACUUCCCCACCCGCAGAGCCAGUAACCGGCACAGAGGCUGAGUGAUUAAUGAUCCAGGGCACGACUCUGCUCAUCUUUGAGAGAUGCGCUAAUAUUUCUGGAGCUGAGUGCCUCUCUGAGCAAUAGCAGCCUUGUUAUGGCCAAUAACAGCGUGCACUAGUCCAACAUUUCUAUGACUGUUCACAAGGCAAUGUUGAAUGUACUGCUUAUGAAGCUCAAGAAUGUUACUAUCCUCAUGAAUGUGAAGAGUCAGUUUACAGUUUCUUUUUGAAAAAAAAAAAGUCAGUGGGUCAUUAAUGUUUGGUUCUCGUGAAAGUCUAAAGACAAAGAAGUUAGCUUGUUUUAGCUGUAAUUUAGUUUGUGGUGUAAAACGAAGACAUAGGACUUUUUACUCUAAGCACUAACUCUACUGCACUACAAUAGAGUAUUUUAACAGAAUACGACGUGCAGUCCAGCGGCACACACUAAUGCUGAGCUCUCUAAGGGUUUAAGGAUUUAUUUUUUAUAGUAUUGUUCAAAAAGUUCACUACGUUAGCUGUUAAAAAAUAUUGAGGUGUUUUAAAAAUAAUAAUAGGACGUUUAUUAGGACUUUUUUCCUGAGGUAGUAAGUGUAAGGUGCAUCUUGUUUCUUCUGUGUCAGUAUUUAUG